GAUAUGCUGACGACUCGGACUUUGAUUUAGAAGAUGCACUGGAUGACUCUGUCCCAACGAAGAGACGCGAACUCGACCUGAUGGAUUUCUUUGAUUCCCCGCCGGAGAGAACCACCAGGCCUGCCAAGGCCACCACUGGCCCUUAUCCCAGGAAACCAGAUGACGGCGGCUGGAACAUCCCUCACACCACCACCACCACCAAGCAGCCCAAAACCACCAAGCCGCCCCCCAAAAAGACUCAAGGGAAAGACCCCAUGGAUUUUGACUUGGCCGAUGCUUUUGAUGACCCGAAUGAGAGACACCAUGGGGGCGGACCGCCUAAAGGAAAUCCUGGUGGAGGCUCCAAAGGUGGAGAUAGAAGAGGUGGAGAUUCUGAGGGCCUCAAUGCCGAGUAUGUGAAGGGAGAAAACAUGGAAGCGGUGGUGACCGAAGAGCCACAAGUGAAAUACUCUGUUCUCGAACCACAGACAGCGGAAGCUCCACCGCCUCAAGAAAACGCAAAAGUCUGAAAUCUCAGCCCCUCCGGCUUAAAAACAAACAAAAACACCAAUUGUUGGCAAAAAAAAAAACAAAAAACAAAAAAAAAUACACAUGGCACACA